UCUACAACCGCGCAAUCAGCAUCUAACGUCCUAUUGAUUUAACGGCUUGAUUUCGAUUUCGAGUUCGAAAUGCGCAAUUAAGCAAUCUUGUCGCAAACAUGCCAUUCUCAAAUGGCGAAUCGCAUCUUUUCCAAUUCAAUGAGAAUGCAUUUGAUUUCAACGUACAAUUCGAACAAAUCUUCUUCUCUGUCCUACCGUCCCUGUUCUUCAUUAUCUUAUCGCUAUGGCGCAUAUUCCAUCAGUCGCGGAAACCAGCUGUGGUGCACGCCCCUGUGUUCCAAAUGCUCAAAGCCAUCGCCAUAGCGAUAUACGUUGGUCUUGAACUCGGACUCUUGGUGCUGGUAGCGACUGGGUCGUUUCGCACGACCGGCGUUUUCAUUGCAGCAUCAAUCCUCAAGCUCGUGUCAGCUUCAAUUAUGGUCGUUCUGAGCAUCAUCGACCACAGCCGAAGUCCAAGACCUUCAUUACUGUUGAGCGUUUACUUAUCUGUGACUAUGCUCCUGGAUGCAGCCGAAGCAAGAACUCUCUUUCUCUCGGCUGAUGGCAAACCGGAAGUCAUAUAUAGUAGCCUUUUCUGCGCCACUGUGGCUUUGAAAGUGCUAAUCUUGCUUCUGGAGGCCAAACAGAAGACUUCAUGGGUACAUUGGGACGAAAAGGAACACAGUCCAGAAGAAACGAGCGGCCUCUUCUCAAUCGGGGUGUUCUUCUGGCUCAACGAGAUGUUCAUGUUGGGGUAUCGCAAAGUGCUUAGUGUGGACGAUCUCUAUCCCCUGGACAAAGCUCUCGAUUCCAAGGCGCUGCACGAUAAGUUUUCCGGCGAGAUGAACUACUCCAAACUGAAGGGCGAUAAAUUCGGCCUUGUGAAGGUGUUGACUCGCGCUCUUGCAGGGCCUCUUCUAAUCCCAAUUUUCCCGCGACUUGCACUGCUUGGUUUUACUCUCUGCCAACCGCUUUUCAUGGAGAGGCUCCUGGACUACUUGUCCCAACCGACGCUUGAUCCUAGUAUCGGGUAUGGUUUCAUAGGCGCAACCUUUUUUAUCUACUCAGGCAUGGCGAUUUCUACGGCGAUCUACUGGUAUUUCUGCGAUCGACUUCGUACCAUGACCAGAUCGGUUUUAGUCACCGAGAUCUAUCUCCAAGCCACGAAAGCUCGCAUUGGGGUUAGCGAUGAUAGCGCUGCGUUGACACUGAUGAGCACUGACAUGGAGCGCAUCAAAUACGGCAUGAGAUCUCUUCACGAAAUCUGGGCCAGUCUCCUCCAAGCUUCAUUUGCUGCGUGGAUGCUAUACAUUCGACUAGGUGUUGUAUUCGUCGCGCCUAUUGGUAUUAUCGUUGCAGGCUUCAUCUCGUUAGCGAUCUUGACGAAAUACACGGGCGAUUCUCAGAGGGAGUGGAUGGCCGCUGUCCAAGAAAGAGUUGGACUAACAGCUACAGUCAUUUCCAGCAUGAAAAAUCUCAAGAUAUCGGGCUUAUCUGCUGCCAUCAGCAGCACUGUCCAGAAGCUUCGCGUUGACGAACUAGCUGCGUCUGUGAAGUUCCGUAAGAUAUUUAUCUGCGCGGCGCUUCUCGGGUUUUUUGCGCAGCUGAUCGGACCACCGGUUACAUUUGCUUUGCUCAGGAAUACUCUUGAUGUCUCGACAAUGUUCACGUCUUUGGCCUUCCUGACUCUCCUGACCUACCCGCUCGCUCACAUAUUUGAAGGCGUACCAAACCUCAUUACUACGCUGGCUUGUCUAGGACGUAUACAGUCCUUCUUGGAAUGCGAAACGCGCGAAGAUUUCCGGAGGAUCUUGGGUGACACCCGACAAGAACCAGAGAAGUUUUCAUCAGGAAUCACCGACCCAUCGAAAAGCGCCAUGAAAAUCACCGACGGUAGCUUUGGUUGGCGCGCGGGCGAGUUCGUUCUGCGAAAUGUACAUGUCGAUAUACCCAAGGCUGCUCUGACCAUCGUUGUUGGUCCAGUUGGGUCCGGUAAAAGUACCUUCUGUAAGGCCUUGCUGGGCGAAAUACCUUUCGCAUCUGGGAACGUCGUGUCUCACAGAAGGGCUUCUCACAUUGGGUUCUGUGAGCAGGCUGCUUUUCUCUCAAACGGCUCGGUCAAAGAUAACAUCGUGGGGUUCUCCACAUUUGACGAAAAGAGGUAUUCAGAAGUCAUCGAUGCUACAUCACUCGGCAUUGACAUCGCUACAUUCCCAAAUGGAGACCAAACGAAUAUCGGAUCAGAUGGAAUCACUUUAUCUGGAGGACAGAAGCAGCGUUUAUCACUAGCUCGAGCUCUCUACCUACAGUCAGACAUGUUGGUUUUGGACGACGUCUUCAGCGGUCUGGACGCAGACACUGAGGCGAGAGUUUUCCGUCAAGUCUUCGCACCGGGUGGUCUGAUCCGAAGAAGGGGCACCACGGCGAUACUAUGCACACAUAGUGUAAAACAUUUGCUGGACGCAGACCACGUGAUCGUUCUUGGAAAUGGUACCAUUGCCGAGCAAGGUAGCUACGCUGACCUGAUGACCGAAUGUGGGUACGUUCGAGGUUUGGACUUGGGCAGCUCCUCCAGCAGCGACGUCGCCACGGAAGAAUGCGGUCUCACUUCAGACGAGAUUAUUUGGACCCCAACGCUGCUGAACUCCACUGUUGUCCCAAGUGUUCAAGGACCAGACAAUGAUAUGUCACGGCAGGUAGGCGAUAAGACAGUAUACAAGCAUUACGUUAAGAGCAUGGGAUUGCACAUCGCCGGUUUUGCUUUACUAUUUGGAGCUCUUUGGGGCUUCUUCACGAAUUUUCCGACCAUCUGGCUAACUUACUGGACGAACGACGUACAUUCGCGGCACCCAAAACAUCCUCACAGCUAUUACGCCGGAAUUUACGGAUUGCUACAAGUUUCUGCCCUCUUGUCGCUUCUAUUGCUCGCUAUAACGCUCUGGGUGUUUGGCAUCAAGAGAGCCGGAGCCAAUCUUCACCGAGAGGCCCUACAAACCCUGAUCAGAGCGCCGCUGCGAUUUUUCACGAAAACAGAUACCGGCAUUAUCACCAACCUAUUCUCCCAGGACCUAAAUCUUAUCGACACGGAGCUGCCUGAAGCUGCCUUGAAUAUCCUAUUCUCUAUCUUCCAAUCGCUUGGGCAAAUGGCUGUCAUGCUUACAUCUUCCCUUUACCUGGCGAUAGCGUAUCCGUUCCUCGGUGCCAUACUGUAUAUUGUUGGAAAAUUCUAUCUGAGGACUUCUAGACAACUCAGGUUGUUGGACCUCGAGACUAAGAGCCCUUUAUACACACAUUUCCUUGACACUGUCAAGGGUAUCACGACCCUGAGAGCCUUUGGGUUUGUUUCAAACGAUAUCGCAAAGAACAUCCGAUUGAUCAACACGAGCCAACGACCAGCGUACCUCCUCCAGAUGAUCCAGGAAUGGCUGAAUCUAGUUCUCGGAAUGGUAGUCAUGGUGAUCGCCGUAAUUCUCGUCGUACUAUCGAUUCAAUUCCACACACAAUCCGCUUUUGCUGGUGCUUCGCUGUACAGCCUUAUCACACUCGGUGAGAACCUCGCAGGUAUAGUGCUGUACUACACGAGGCUGGAGACAUCUAUCGGGGCGAUUGCUAGAUUGAAGAAGUUCAACGAAUCUGUAGCGCCAGAAGAUAAAGAACGUGAAGAUUUAAUUCCCUCAGAGCAGUGGCCGCAUACCGGUGCUGUGCAGAUAGUGGAUGCUUCCGCAGCCUACGAUGCGGAUGAAGAAACUCCUAGCCUAGCGCUGAGAGACAUCAACUUGAAGAUUGAGUCUGGAGAAAAAGUCGCCAUUUGCGGACGUACGGGUAGUGGCAAGUCAAGCCUUGUUGCUCUGCUCCUCAAGCUGCUGGACCCCCUCGCAUCGGAAACCCAGCAAAUUCUAAUCGACGGUGUCCCCUCGUCUCGUAUCAAUCGAGCUGCUCUACGUCAACGCCUUAUCGCUGUGCCUCAAGAAGCCGUCUUCUUGCCCGCUGGCACCACGUUCCAGGCCAACUUAGAUCCCUACGAUGCUUCUACCGCCGAAGAAUGCAAAUCCGUUCUGAUCGCCAUCGGCCUCUGGACGUUUGUCGAGGAACGCGGCGGUUUGAAUGCUGGUAUGACAGCAGGAACCUUUAGCGCAGGACAGCGGCAACUGUUCUCAGUUGGACGCGCGCUCCUUCGGCGUCGCAUCCGAGCCAGCCGCCUGAAUGGCGCGUCUGAUCAGGGCAUUCUGCUGCUGGACGAAGUGAGCAGUUCAGUUGAUCGCGAAACCGAAAUCAUCAUCCAAGAGAUCAUCGAGAGCGAAUUCGCGAAGUACACCGUUAUCGCGGUUAGUCAUCGGCUUGACAUGAUCAUGGACUUUGACAGGGUCAUAGUGAUGGACAAGGGCGAAAUCGUCGAAAUGGGAAACCCAGUCGAACUGACCGCAAAGGAAGCAAGCAGGUUUGGAGGCCUGGUUCAGGCUGGAAACAGGAAGACAAAUGAGCGACCGUAAUUGUGUUAGCAGUGCCUCGCUGAGGUUUUGUGGUCUG